UUUCACGUGUAUGCAAAUCCAAAAUUUACAUUCAAAUUUUAAAAGCAAAUUUAACUUUCAGGAGGAACAAACAGAAUUAGUAGCAUAAAUACAAAUUAACAGUAAUGACCAAACAUGCGUCAUAACCGACCCACAAUUUUUGUAUAAAAUCCUCAGAGAUUAGUAAUUAACUUCAGUUUGGAAUCUAUUCCGUUACCAAAUGAAAAUGAAUCUCCAAGUAAUUCUUCUGACCGCUUGUGUGGUUGUUGCUUUCAGUUCACCAGUCGAACUUGAAGAGAAACUACGCAGCCUUUUCGCCGGUGAAAAAGAACUAAGUUUGAAAGGUUUGGGAGUGGCUACAAGAGGAACAGGAAGUUAUUUGUCUACCUCAGAAAGAGACACGAUUCUCCAGCUUCACAAUGAUGCUCGUAACAAUGUCCAACCAACAGCUUCUAACAUGCAGCAAAUGACCUGGAGUAAUGAACUGGCUUCUGUAGCCCAGACUUACGCUAAUAAAUGUGUGUGGAGUCACAACAGUGCAAGGUCAUCACAGGCUAGCAGCUUCUACUACGUCGGAGAAAAUCUGUACGUUACAACAAGUUCCUAUGGAUAUUUGGAAAAAGGUGUUGCAUCAUGGGACAAUGAAAAGAAAGAUUACGAUUAUGCUUCCAACUCAUGCAGUGGUGUAUGUGGACACUAUACACAGGUUGUCUGGGCUGACAGUACCAAACUGGGUUGUGCCGUAGGAAGUUGUCCAUCGAUGACCAAUUUACCCUCUUAUUUCCAGAAUGUCAAAUUCGUCGUAUGCAACUAUGGACCCGGCGGUAAUUACAAUGGUGUGAAACCUUAUGAACAAGGCACACCAGCCAGCGUUGACAAUGGAUCAUCCGGAACAUCCGGCGGCUGCAAGUAGAAAGAAUGAGCAAGCAGUGUACAGAAUAGAUUGUUUAAACCUGGCGGCUGGACAAAAAAUAGUAGCUGUCUUUUAUAUUUUCUCUAUAAUUUUAUAAUUAAAAUCUUUCACGCAUUCUG